AUGAAAAGAAAAUAUUCAGGAUCUUUGGUCAUGUUUCCAUUCGACGCGAUUAACCAAAGGAAGGUGCUUUACACGCCUAGACGUGCCGAAAUCGACAAAGUUACAGUGCAUCCAUUAGAUCAGACGGUCCAGUUCGUGACUGAGGUUGGUGAGGAGUUACAACGGGCUGCUGCGUUAUUCAGGGAGAAUGCAGAAUUUCUGUUGAACCCUUAUCAGGAGCUGAAGCAUUAUAAUCUGAGUUCGGCAUCCGUCCGGCUUCGAUAUCAAGGCAAGGGACGGUCUCAUCCUGCAAGCGUACCUCAGUCUCCCCACCUGAGGCUGCGCUCCGAAGUGCUCAGGAUGUUCCGGCCUCAGAUCGCAACUACGCCAACCUUGGAUUGCUCCCUGUCGAUCCUCAGAAACUUAUCGUCUCUGUUCAUGGUGGUCCAAAUGACAGAGAUUCUUAUGGAUUAUCGCUUGAGAAUGUAUUUCUAA